UCCCCUUUCAUUUCUCUCAAGUAGCUAUCAGAGUUGCGCUUCUUCAUCAAUCCUGUCCUCAUCUGCAGCUCUUCUUCUUCUUCUUCUUCUCUGCGACCGAAGCUAAAGGUACCCAAUUAAUUCUUUGUCAUUGAUUCCUCCGCUUGAGGCCGUCCAUGCGUAUCAGAAACAGAAGAUAAAACUACGAACUAACAGUUUCUGAGACUUCCAUCCAUCAGAUGGAAUUCAAGCUUGGGAGAUCGGAUAAGCUUCGCAUGAGUGAACAGGAACAAGAGCAGCUCGAGGUCCCCGAACACCCUCUUUUUGUGACUUCCUGCCCUUCUCCGUCGUCAUCGUCGACUGGCUUUUGGUGGCAUGAUGUUUCAUCGGGUGGCGGCAGCGGCGCCGUUGGAUCUUUCGUGGAGAAGGAGCACAUGUUCGACAAGGUCGUGACGCCGAGCGACGUCGGCAAGCUGAACCGGCUGGUAAUCCCCAAGCAGCACGCGGAGAGGUACUUCCCGCUGGACACGUUGGCCGACGAGAGGGGGCGGCUGCUGUGCUUCGAGGACAGGACGGGGAAGCCGUGGCACUUCCGCUACUCCUACUGGAACAGCAGCCAGAGCUACGUCAUUACUAGGGGAUGGAGCCGCUUCGUCAAGGAGAAGGGCCUCGACGCCGGGGACACCGUCUCCUUCUGCCGCGGCGUCGGCGAGGCCGGGCGCCACCGCCUUUACAUCGACAGUCAGCGGCGACCUCCAAGUCGAGACCCACCCUUGAUUCCACUUCCUGAGCUAUCAUAUACGCGGCUCUUCGCCUUACCGGUCGCGAGCUUGGGUACUAGCGGCGGCCAGCUUAUGUCCUACGGAUGGCCAGCCGCGAGUCCACCUCAGAUGGAAGUGCGGCAAGUAGGCAGCGGCCGGGUGCCGAUGCUUCUCAGGUCAGUGCCCCUCGUGCGCCACCAGGCUGCCGUCAAGCGUGUUAGGCUCUUCGGAGUGAACCUGAAUUGUCCUGAAUCCAGAGACGAAGCCAGUCAUCACCACAGCGAUACUCUCUCUGUGUCUCUGCCGCAGUUGGAUCCCAGGACUGCGUUUCCGCUCCUCAAACCGCCGCAUGCGAGCGGUGACACACCGCCAGACUCAUCGUCGUCUUCGAUCUGCAAGGGGAAGAAUACACCACUAAACUUAUAUCUAUGAAGAAGGAUACGAUCGCAGAGGAAGAGAGGACAUCUUGACCAUCAUCCUUCUCAGCAAUUGGGACGCACACUGAACUGGAUAUGCUCAUAUUUUCCAGGCCAAGUUUGAUUUCCAGCUUCAUCUUCUAUCAGCAGUUGAGAUGCCCUAAAAUGGAGAGCAUGCAGUCAUCGAUUCAUCCAGGUCAGAUCUAAAGCCGGCUUUAUCCAUUCCUAUUUCUUGUUUGCCUGCCAUCUGUGAAUUUUCUGCAUCUUUCAAGGAAAGCCAAAUCUAAAGUGCACUGCAUGAGGUGGUGGGGGAUGAGAAGACAAGUACUGUAUGUUUAUGUAGUUCAUUAAGAUCAUCAGAUGCAAGACAUGCUUUGCUUCUGCUGCAACACCAAUUCGUUUCAAUUAUACAUAGCAAGAUGUAGAAGCUGGUAGCAUGCACUUUGUGGGAUCUUCAUAAUCAUGUCAUCUGAAGGAUAUAUUGCUCAAUUAAAGGUUCACUAACCAAACAUAAAAUCAACAAAUUAGAGGAAGACAAGACAAUAAUCCUGAAAAAAAAAGAAAGCAGUCUUUGCAUCGAACUUUCUCCUAAGCAUUAGAUGUAUUCAUACUUCUGCUCUUUGUGAUCAUGCCACUGCUUGGUUUUGUCUCUAUCACUUAGUUCUGGAAGAAAUUGUUCUGACAUUUUUUUUCAGUUCAUAAAUUUGCCUAUAAUCAAGAACACAAUAAAUUGCAGAAAGUUUAUGUAGUUUCUAAAUUCCUGUUGCAUAUGUACCUUGUGAAUCCUCACUUCCACCAAAAAACCUGUGCCACCAGAAGCUAAAUUAAGUCAACUCUUGAGCAGAUACAUGUGCAUUAGAAGUACUGAUACUGCCAUUAAAGCAUGGUUACUUCUCUUUGGUUCCUGCUCAUUGCUUCACUUUACUUCUUGAAACAAACAAAUUGUGCUUUGGAGUUCAACCAGUCUUUUUUCUCUUUCUUUUUUCCUCUUUAGAACUCUUUCAGUUUCUUUUCAGAUUCAAUCAAUUGUGCCUCAUAAUAGUAUAGUUCAACCAGUCAAUCCUUGCAUUGAUUAACCUCAUCCAUUUGUUUAUUGAAGUAACAUAUAUCCCUUGAUGAUGUAGAGAAACUAUGUUUGAUUUCUUUGGAUUUGUUCAUAUCCAUUGUGUGGUAAUAAGCUGAUUGUAUUGAACAAGAAGUUGCAAUCUUUUCUUGUUGUUUCACUUGGAAAGAGUGAAUUCAUGUGGUGCUUAUUUCAAGGCUGCUUAAAAUAAGAUUAUGUCCAUGUGGGCUGCUAACAUGAGAUUAUGUCCAAAGAAAUAGAUUAAUUUGGUCUUAUAGGGCUGACAGAGAAGUUACAUGUACUAAAUUUACUAAACUAUUCAGAUACUAUUUCCUCCAACAAUGUCAAUAUUCCAUCUGAUCUUAGAGACUGGGAAAGCUUGAGCAUUGCACUCAAAAUGAAGUUUGAAUUCUACUGAGCUAGAUGCUCUUACUUAUUUAGAAGCAUCUUUGUAAAUGUGCAUGUAUACAUUCAAAUCAUGUUGUACAUUUGAUUAUUAAUAGCAUAAAACAAUCUACAUGGGGAGUUCUGGACUCCAAGUGAACUGAUAUUAGAGACUAAGAUCUUUCUUUGAGCCAAAAUAUCAAUAUGUGGGCAUGAAUUGAGCACAAAUAUGUUAAUGUAUUAUGUGUCUUGAUGAUGAUAUAGACCUCAUGAAAGAUUGUUUUUGGCAUGAUUGGUUGCUUUUGAGGUAACAAAUGCAUAUGUGGAAAUAAUUAAGUUCAACAACUUAUGCAUUAGUCUAACAAAUGAAUCUUUUUGACGAUACUUUAUCAUUGUUAUGGCUUCUUUUAUUGUUUAUGAUUCUGCAUUUAACUUUCUGUUCUGGGUAAACUUCAUCGACCGGUGCAUAGGAUCACACUGUUCGUCAAAAGCUCAAGAGAUCAUAGUAAGUUCUCUUCUGCAUGCUCAAAGAUGUAUAUUUGAUCAUGAUCAUAUAAUGAACUCGACAGUAUUUGUGAAAGAAAGAGGGAAACGAAAGGCCAAUAUUAAGUGAAGAUGAUAGAAACUUGCAUCUUUAGGAAGCUUUAUGUGGUAUAGAUAAUGUGAUCCCUUGGAAAUUACAAUCUGAACUGAUGUUCUUUUUCUUUUCCUUUACAUUUCAGAAUGCUGUCUUAUUAGAACAACAUACCUUGUAUUGCUUUAGAAUCAUAUAAUUUCGUCCCUGAGAUCAAGUUUCUUCCUACAUGUGCACUGGAUAUGUGCACAGCUGGCCUUGGAUCAGAAUGGAAGUAGCUUCCAAUGAGAGAAAAGAUCAGUCUGUCCCCAUCUUCCAUCAUGGACCAAAUGAUAAAGCUUGGUGGAAGGUUACUGUACAUGAGGUCUUCGGCCUCUAUUUUCUCUAGUUCUUCCUUUAGCUGAUCAAUUCCACCACCACCUCCUCCUUCUCCACCAGGUCCACCACCAUCCCCAUCCUAUAGAGAUGACCUUUCUUUCUCUGCAAUGGUGGGGACUUUUGGACUAAGAAUCUCCAAACUUAGCAUGUGAUGAGGCUACUUUCUGAGCUUUCUCCCACUCAUCUCAUGCAGAUACUUUUUCUGUACAUGCUCAUAUAUCAAUUUUGCUCUGUGUGUGUGUGUGUGUGUGUGAGAGAGAGAGAGAGAGAGAGAGAGAGAUGUGGGUUUUAUGUUUUUAUCUCUAAGACAUAAAGACGGUAAAGAGAAGGAUGCAAAGAGGGCAUGCAAAGGUUGGGAGUCGUGUGCUGGUCCACAGAAGGACUCGAGGCUUGCAAGGGACCGCGUUGUACGUAAUUGCCUUUCUUUAGCAUGCAGUGGAAGCACACUUCUCCAUGGCGUGCUUUAUUCCACUGCCUCAGCUGGACAAAGCUUUCAAUAAUGCAUCUUUCUCAGUUUCUAGUACGGCUGUGGAAACUUGCGAAUGAAAACUAAGAAGAAGAAGAAGAAGAAGAAGAUACUUGGUGAUAUGGACGAGGCCAAAAGCAGUGACAUGUACACAGUGAUACAGCAAGAUUGAGAGGGAACUUCCAGUGCUGUUUGAGUUGAGUGCAUGAGCAAAAACAGAACGAGCCUUGAUCUGAAGCCUAGUUCAUGAGAUUGUAGAUGAACAGUUGGUCAUCUUUUCAAGCUGCUUGUUUCUAUUUUUGUCCACAUACGAAGAAAGAAAGAUAGAAAGUUCCAUCGACACAGAUUCAGACACUUCUCCAAGUGCCUUCGGCAAUGAGUGUCGAUGUCUAUAUAUUCUUGUGAUGCAGUCGAAAAGGAAAAGAAGCAUCGAAGGACUUUGUGAAUGCUGCCUACACAACACACAUGGCUUUGGGAACUCUCAACACUCCAUAUUUCUGCCAAACAAGUCUGACGUAUUUGGCUCUGUUAUCCCAGCUUGGUUGAAGGGAUUUCUUCUUCUUCCUCCUUCCCUUAUCAUUCUAGCAACUCUAUGGUUGAAAUUAACACA